ACCCCUUCCGGCGCAUAGAAUGAGCGGAGCGUUGUACCGGGGGUCACCGCGGAAAUCCGGUGUCUGCGGGCGGGCAGCGUGAAAUAGAACGCGGAGAGAGCGGUGAGCGGCAGCGGGCUGCGAUGGGACUGAGGUCUGUGUUCUGAUGGAGUGAGUCCAGCCCUGGCUCUAUGGCUCUCACCGGCAGGACGGUCUCGUGGUGGGUCCGGCUGCGCCGACCGUGCCCUGCGGCUGCUCUUCGGGGUCCUGCGGUCUGGCUGCCUACGGGGCUCGCGGCCUGUCAGCGCUUCUACAGCGGCCGAGACAAGGAAAAAAUAGAUAUGUCAGCAUAUCCUGUUGAAAGCAUAAGGAACUUCAGUAUUAUAGCUCAUGUAGAUCAUGGCAAAAGUACGCUAGCAGACAGAUUGCUGGAAAUUACAGGAACAAUUGCUAAAACUGACCGUAACAAACAAGUGCUGGAUAAACUGCAAGUGGAACGUGAAAGGGGAAUUACAGUUAAAGCACAAUCUGCAUCUCUUUUUUACAAUUACAAAGGAGUAAACUACCUCUUAAAUCUUAUUGACACACCAGGUCAUGUAGAUUUUAACUAUGAAGUUUCACGGUCACUGUCUGCCUGCCAAGGUGUCCUUCUUGUAGUGGAUGCAAAUGAGGGUAUUCAGGCUCAAACAGUGGCAAACUUCUAUCUUGCUUUUGAAGCACAACUUGAAAUAAUUCCCGUCAUAAACAAGAUUGACUUAAAGAAUGCAGACCCUGAAAGAGUUGAAAAACAGCUUGAGAAGCUGUUUGAUAUCCCUGUUGAUGAAUGUAUAAGGAUUUCUGCUAAACAAGGGACGAAUAUUGAAAAAGUUCUUGAGAAGGUCAUUGAGAAGAUUCCACCACCUCAAUUUAAUACUACUGAUCCCUUGAAAGCCUUAGUAUUCGACUCCACCUUUGACCACUACCGAGGUGUCAUAGCAAACAUUGCAAUUUUUGGUGGGGAGAUUCAGAAAGGGCAUAAGAUUGUGUCUGCGUAUUCAAAUAAAAGAUAUGAAGUUAAUGAAGUAGGAAUUCUGACUCCGGAUGAACAACCAACACAUAAACUGUAUGCUGGACAGGUGGGCUACCUGAUUGCUGGAAUGAAAGAAGUAACAGAAGCCCAAAUAGGAGACACGCUGUUUAUGUAUAAACAGCCAGUGGAGCCUUUGCCUGGCUUUAAGUCAGCGAAGCCAAUGGUUUUUGCAGGCAUGUAUCCUGUAGAUCAAACAGAAUAUAAUAAUCUUAAAAGUGCUUUGGAAAGGCUGACAUUGAACGAUUCCAGUGUGACUGUUCAUCGUGACAGUAGCCUUGCUUUAGGAGCUGGAUGGAGGUUGGGUUUUCUUGGUCUUUUGCAUAUGGAAGUUUUUAAUCAACGUUUGGAGCAAGAAUAUAACACAUCUGUUAUUUUGACUGCACCUACUGUUCCAUAUAAAGCUGUUCUUUCCUCAGCAAAGUUGAUAAAGGAGUAUGGUAAUUCAGAGAUUACUAUUAUCAAUCCUGCUCAAUUUCCUGAUAAACAUUCAGUAUCUGAAUAUUUGGAGCCAACUGUUCUUGGCACUAUUGUAACACCCCAGGAAUAUAUUGGGAAAAUAAUUGUUUUGUGUCAGGAUCGUAGGGCAGUCCAGAAAGAAAUGUUGUACAUUGAUGAACAUAGGGUUAUGCUAAAAUACCUCUUCCCACUGAAUGAAAUCGUGGUGGAUUUUUAUGAUGCUCUUAAGUCUCUGUCUUCUGGCUAUGCAAGUUUUGAUUAUGAAGAUGCAGGCUACCAGGCAGCAGAUCUUAUAAAAAUGGAUAUUCUUAUAAAUGGAAAUCCAAUUGAAGAACUGGCAACUAUCACACACAAUGAUAAAGCAUAUGCUACUGGUAAAUUUAUGUGUGAGCGUUUAAAAGAUGCCAUACCAAGACAGCUGUUUGAAAUAGCCAUCCAGGCUGCUAUUGGCAAGAAAAUAAUCGCCAGAGAAACAUUGAAAGCUUACAGGAAAAAUGUUGUGGCAAAAUGUUAUGGUGGAGACAUUACAAGAAGAAUGAAGCUUUUAAAAAGACAGGCAGAAGGGAAGAGGCUGAUGAGAAAAAUUGGCAAUGUGGAAGUACCAAGAGAUGCCUUUAUACGUGUUUUAAAGAGACAGCCUGAGAAAUAAGUUAGUGGUGGGCCAUACAGCCAUACUAGAAAGCCAACAACACAUCGAGAACAGACUGAAGAACCCAGCUCAUUUUUGUUUCUGGAGUUAAUGACUUGCUGCAGAUCUUUGUAAAUAAAUAAUUAAAAAAAACAAACCCCACAGAGAAAAACUUAUAAAAUCAAUGUGACUAAAGCGCAAAGGAAAAGUUUCUUAGAUCUUCUAAAGGAUAAUUCAAGUCAGUAAUGUUGUUUCACAAGUUUGGCAGUAAGUGGCAAAACAUCAAAUCUAAGUUUGAUACAAAGGGCAUUUUCAUUCAAAGAAAAACAGCUACACUGGGUACUGAAGUUAAAACAUUCCAUUUCCUGUUCUGUUUAAAAAAAAGAAAACAGGAAAUGAAAACGAAAAUUAUCCACUUCCCGGAGGAACAAAAAAAUGCUUACAAAAAUAUUCUCACUGCCAUAUGUAAAAACAAAUAUAUUUAAAACCUUUUAGUCAACGCGGUUUUGGAAACAGAAACAAAGCUUAUUUAAGUGAAGAUAUGCAAAGUGCUAUUCUAGACAGAUGCAAAAGCAAUUAUUUCACAUGAAAACUCUUCCUGCCUAUUCAGCUUAAGUUAAAUAAGUGUUUUAACAGGAGCAUGCAGAAAUACAGAAGAACUCCCAGUUAACUUCUGUGGAGACUAACUAGUAAAUUCAAAGUUACUUUUCUGCUUCCUUCUGUGAGAAAGGAA